AUGAAUAAAAUCAGGUCAGACUCUUUGGUGGACGUGGUUUUAAGGAAUGAUGGUGAGAAGGAGCUCUCACCUCCCAUUUGGUGUAGUUCUAAAGGGAUGCAAAGCACUAAAGUUUGUGUUAAUACACCAGAAGGAGCAACUGCAUGGUUUGGCCCGAAUCCUCCACAGAAAAACAUCAUCCAACUAGACCAAACAGACAAUCUGAAGACCUUCCUGAAGGGGGAGCCCCAAAUACUGGGGGUGGCUCAGAUCCUGAUUGGUUUGAUGAAAGUGUGCCUAUUUGCUAUAGGUCUGCGUUUUCAUUCUUCUGACUUUUCCCAUUGGUGUUAUUCCCCAGCUAUGGACUCAGGAUAUCUCAUAUGGGGAUCCUUAUUUUUCUUUGUGUCUGGAGCUGUGUCUAUUGCUGCUGGAAGAAACAUGACAUUAAACCUGAUCAAAGGCAGCCUGGAAGUGAACAUACUCAGUGCUGUGGUUGGGGGAGUAGGGAUAAUCUUGUCAACAGUAGAACUGACUGUGGUACAUGGAUUGGAAAAAAGUUGUCUUAUUCUUAGGGCACUUGAGAUUGGGCUACUAGUCCUCUCCCUGCUGGAAGUCAGCAUUGCUAUCUCUCUCUCUGUGUUUGGGUGCAAGGUGACCUGCUUUGUCACACAGGUGGUGGUUAUUCAGCCAAACAAUGACAAGGUACCCUCAGUAAUGGCCCCUUAUGAACAUAUUUAUGAGGACCUGAAGUUUUAA